AUUUGUUUUGCUAUUAGUUGUAAUCAUUAUUGUAGUUUAAAGGUACCUUUAAUGGUAUGAAUGAAUCACUUAAAAUUUUAUUUAUUAUUUGCUGCUGAGAACACACUUUGAGAUUUUUUUUGUUGAUUUGGUUUUCUUCUAUGUAGAUGUUGUUCUAACAACAGUUAUAUAUUGUUGUAUAUUUUAUAAUUUUUUGCUUUUAUUCAUCUUUAAAAAGAUUAUAUAAAGUUUAGGUAAUUCUUUAUAUUACUACGUUUUUACUUUAUAAAGAACUUUAUUGUUUUUUUUUUACAAACAAAAAUCUUUGAAAUUUUACACAAAAUAAGUGAUGUUAUGAGAAUAUUUGCUUAUAAGCAUUUCAGUUUUUUGUAUAAUUAUUUAAUCAUAAUUACAUUGUGUGAAUAGUUAAAAAAUCGGUAAUUUUUUAAUAAAAACUAUUCUUUAUAAUGAGUUCAAAGCAAUUUAGAAAAAACAAUGUGAAAUUACAUGAUCUCAAAUGUAAACAGUGGUUUCAAUUUAUAUUUAAGCUUGGAACGGUUGCAUCACAUUUUGUCUUGCACAGAUUAAUGAUUCGAUGUCAAAAAACCAAAUCUAUGUUUCCUGAGUAGAGAACUUUAUCCUGGCAAAAUAUCUUUAAAAACAAUAUUCCAAACAAGUAAACAUUUCCGGUAUAAUUUCCCAACUCUGCUUCACCUUGCAUUGAAAAAGUCUCGCAUUGAGUUUUAUAUCAAUUUUUGAAAGACAAAAAUAAAUUCAAUUAAAUUAUAACAAAAUUUUGUAGCAAAUUUAUGUAUAUAUUUUUAUUUAAAGUAAAUAAAUAUUUUUGUUAAAAAUUAUUUCGCAAAAUUUUUGUUCACAAUUUGAGAAAAAUUUCAACGUAAUUUUAAACAAAAAAUGGAUGCAUUUAAAGUACCCAAAAAAGUUAACCGUCAUGUUUUAAAGGCGCUUAACUUUUUAAGCCAUGGCAAAGCAGAAGAUGAAGUUAGUACAGAGCAGAUUUUAAACCAAGUUAAAUAUCAAAUGAGAAAUUUAGUGCCCGUACCCAAUAUUGAUAUGGUCAUACAGAAAUCAUUGAAAAAUUUAAGUGAUAUUGGUUUGAUUGAUAGGACGGCACCACAAAGAUUUGCCAUGGGACGUUCUUAUGCUCCGUCUUCGGCGCCUAAGGCCAAUAAACCCAAAACAGUGAAUCGCAAUAUAUUUAAGCCCAGUGUUUCACGCAAGAGAAGCAGCAGUCGAUUAAACCCCAAUUUUAGACGGGCUCAAUAUGACAGCGAGGAGUCUUUGUCCGGCGAUGAAUAUGAUCAUGCACGCAAACGUAUACGUACUAAUACCAAAAAAAUUAAACACUCUGGUCGCAAUACCGAAUUGCCCAAAGCCCGACAACAUUUCCGUUUUAAAAAUAUCGCCUUAGCAGAUCCCCUAUCUAAUCCCUCACCCCUUUAUAUGAGGGAUUAUGAAUCUGACAGUAUUUUCGAGCAAAAUCAAGAAAUGGCAGUUUACAUUGGUCCUAUAAGGAAUUCAAAUAACAAUUUGGAUGUAACUAAUAUAACACCAAGAGAACCUUUAGAAAUCAAUGAAAUUUUAAAUGAUGAUCAAACAGAUAAUAUGAACAAUAGCCAAAAUCCUAAAGAAGCCUCUUUUGAGGUGGUGGAACUCUUUUUAAAUAGUAACAAUAACUAUGAAACUGCAAAUAAAUCUAAUUCUCAAACGAAUUCCCAGUCUGAUGACCCCCCCUCAAAGACUAGUCUUGAUACAAAUGUUUCGACAAAUGAAAAAUCCAAAACCUCUGUUUCAGCUACUCAAUCCCAAACGAUUACUUUGGAGAAUUAAUUGUCUAGUCUAUUUUUAUUAUUUCAUUACUUUUUAUUUAAAUUGUGUGAAUUGCCGUUUGUUAUAUUGUUUAUUUUGCACUUUUAUAAAUUAAUUUAAAACAAUGUUGCUUACUAAAAAA